AUGACAAAAUCGUUCACGUUCCAGCCCCAGCCUAGCGACAUUCUGAUCGCUGUCAUGGGUAUCACCGGUUCUGGAAAAAGCACCUUCAUCUCCCACUGCACCCGUCACAGUAUUUCUGCUUCGGCGGGUUUACACAGUGAGCCGGACGAUCUAGAUACCCAGGAGGUUUCUGUCUAUCCAUGCAAGGCUGACAUUGGCGACAAUAUCUACCUUAUCGACACACCAGGAUUCGACGAUACGGAGCUGGAUGACGCGCAAGUCCUCAGGAAGAUCGCAACCUGGGUCGGGGAAACGUACCAGCAGAAGAUUUACCUGCGUGGUAUCCUCUACCUUCACCGCAUCAUUGACAUACGCAUGCAAGGGGCGGCCAUCCGAAAUCUUUUCAUGUUCAAGAAACUGUGCGGCCAAAACGCCAUCAAGAACAUCAUCUUGGUCACGACCAUGUGGGAGGACGUCAAACCAGAGGCCGGCCAGCAGAGAGAGAACGAGCUUCGGACGACACCGCAGUACUGGGGCGAGAUGAUUGCCAAGGGCGCAAGUAUGGUUCGGCACCAGAACAAUCACAACUCGGCACGGUCCAUUAUCCAGACCCUGUUGAACAAGACAACGAAAACCACGCUGGCGAUACAGAGGGAGAUGGUCGACGAGAAGAAGGAACUGCAGGACACGAGCGCCGGCAGGGAACUGGACGGCAUCCUCAACCAGCAGCGUGAACAUUUUCUACGUCAGAUUGAAGACCUGAAGAGAGACAUGACAGAAGCCCGGGAAAUGCAAGAUCGGGAGUCUCAGGAACAAAUCAGGCUACUGCAGGAACAGAGGCGUGUAGAGAUUGAUAAGAUCUUCAGGCAACAGGAGAGCAUGAAGGUUGGUCUUCAGCAACUCCAUGACCAAAAGUUUGCCAAGCUGGAAAAGCAACUGGCCGCCCAAAAAAACCAGAUGGAGAUGGAUAGAAAGGAAAUCGCGGGCUUGAGAGAGAGGCUGGCCGGUACCUCGAUCGGAGUGAAUAACCCUUCCUCCGGGGCAAAUACCGUGGAUACGGGCUCACUGACAAAACCCAACCGAGAAGCGGGUCUCAAAACUACUAUAAGGCUUGAGGGUCAUGGUGGAUAUCGUCGCCACAUAAGUCGCGCUGCCUUCUCGGCAGAUGCGCGCUAUCUCGUCGUGGACGAGGUGAUUUGGUAUCGGUCCGGCGAGGGGGAGUAUUCGAGGAAUCGCGUCAAGGUUUACGAUAGCGCGACAGGCGUCGCCCAGAGUGUACUUGCGGCCGACCGAAUCGUUUCACAGGUUGCUUUGUCAUCGGAUGGCCGACUUGUCGCAAUGGACUCGGUAAAAAUCGAGGAGUAUUAUCGAUCAGGACUUGUUCGAGUCCUUGACGCCUGGGAUAGCCGGACGGGGAAAUGCCUCUGGACCAAGCAUCACCAAGACUUGUCACCCUUGUCACUCUUCAAUUUAGUCAUCUCACCGGAUGGCUGCUGUCUCGCCUUUAUCGAGAUUGGAGAUGACAGAGAGUGCCACAUCAAUAUCUUGCAAAGUGCGACUGGCUCCACGCUUAGGACGUUAACAACAAUUGAUGUCCCGAUUCGCCAAAUGAGGUUUUCGCCGGACGGAGGCCGCAUCAUGGGGAUGAACCCACACUCAAUCUAUAUCUGGAACAGCGCGACGGGUAGCCUUGGCCUCACCUUAACAGGCUUUCAGCCUCCAUCCCCGUACUCGAACUUGCUUCAUAUGGCGUUCUCGCACGACGGUAAGGGCGUCGCCGUCAUGUCACCCUCAUCCGGAGCCUACAUCAUUAGUUUCUGCGACACCGAGACAGGACGUCGCCUUUGGACUACUGAAGCAAUGUAUAGUGAAGAGCACUUUAUCUUCUCGCCUGACGGUUACAUUGCCUCGCUUUGUAGCUCGUACAUGGUGGCGGGGGCUUCAGUCGUCAACCCGGCUAGAUUUGUCCGUGUUCGGGAUGCUACAACGGGCAAACUUCUCAAAUCUAUUCCGAUCAAAGAAGCCAAGGAUCUCGUUUUCUCCCCGGAUUCCAACAGGUUCGAGAUUCUCGCGUGUGAUGAAGAUGUUGUGGAGAUAAUUGCAGUUUAA